CGCGCGGAGCAGCGGGAGCGCAGGGCGCCGGGGCAGCGCCAUGGAGGAAGCGGACCGCGGCGAGGCGCCGGGGCCGGGGCCGGGGCCGGGUCCAGCGGAGACGCCGCAGAAGCCGCCCUACUCCUACGUGGCGCUGAUCGCUAUGGCCAUCCGGGAGAGCCCCGAGCAGCGGCUGCCGCUGAGCGGCAUCUACGCGUACCUCGCGGGGCGCUUCCCCUACUUCCGCGGCGGGCAGAAGGGCUGGCAGAACAGCGUCCGCCACAACCUCAGCCUCAACCCCUGCUUCCGCCGCCUCCCGCGCCGCCCCGGCCCCGGCCCCGGCCCCGGCCCCGCCGCCCCGCAGCGCGGCGCCGACUGGGCGCUGGACCCCGCUUUCCAGGACAUGUUCCCGGGCGGCGACUACCGGCGGCGCCGCCGUCGGCCCCCCCCGCCGCCGCCGCCGCUGCCCGGGUGCCCGCACGGCCCCUGCGCGGGGCUGGUGCUGCAGCGCGGCUGCCCCUGCCCCUGCCCCUGCCCCGGGCUGCCCUGCUGGGGCCGGGCCUGCGCGCCGCAGCCGCAGCCGUAGCGGUAGCGGCCGGUCCCGGCGAGCGGCAGCGCCCGGUGCGGGCGCGGCCCGUCCGCUCGCUGCUCGGGGGCUGCUGCUUCUCGGCCGGUUUUCUGUGAAAGCGACUCAGCAGCGCUCGGCUCUUGGAAGCACAUCGGGGAAGGCUGGCCCGAAGCGUUGCUGGCCGUGCGGCAGCUGGGUGCUCCGCGUCUUUACUCAGCGGAAACGCUGCAGUGACUGAGAUGCGCUGCCUUGUGUCGCUCGUGCGCGUGGUGCCAAGUGUGGGUGUGCUUCCCCGGCGCUGUAGCAGUCUGUUGGUUGUUUCUUGUUUUGAAUGAUUCUGUUGUUUGAACCAGGCAAGCCUGAAGGUGGGCUGCAGAGCUCGGGCAGGGAAAGCUAACGUUGUGCUUUAAUAUUCCCAAGUCUGAAAGGACAUGAAGAGUGAUAGUAAUCCUUGUAAAGUGAAACUUAGUUACAUCCAGGGAAAUUAUUUCGUCAAGUGUCCUUAAACUCAAUUUGAGCUUUUCUUUCAAGUGUUAUGGAAAAGCAAUAUGUAUGUUUUUCAGCUUUGUGGGAAAAAAAAAAAAAAAACAUGAUCUUUGGAGUACGUGAUCUUUGGAGUAAAUAUUAGGAUUCUUAGAGUUUUGUAUUUGAAGGGGUUUUACUAUUUGGGGUUUUACACAGAGUUAUUUUAUAUUGUUCCUUGUUAUAUAUGUUUAUAUAUGCUCUUUUAAAAUGUAUUUCUUAUAAGGGUCUUUCCCCUUUGAAUUUCAGAGGAGUAGUCGCUGCACUUUCCCCUCAAAAAAAACCAAAACAUGUUUCUGAUAAGAAUUGUUGUUAAGUUUGUUAAAGACGUGAAGAGUUCACAUACUGUGACAUGCAGAACAGCACUUUGUUGUGGGUUACAUUUUGUGACUUGUUUUAAUAAACAUUGCUGUAUAAGAGUUUAUGGCUUCAGAAAGUUAAUUGGACACUUUGUUGUUCCUUAAAAGAAGGUGCAACCUAAAUCCAGUUUUAUAGUUCUCUUAUUUUGUACUUUCGUAUACUUAUGAAGUCAUUCCGAAUGUCUUCUUUAAAUUCUAAUAUGAUAUGAACAAAAUGCUGGAAGUCUUGGUAGAUUUAGCUGUUAGAACCACUUUGAGGUUAAUCUUAAAGGAUGCAAAUGUAUUAAAGAUAUUGUGGCUUUAUGAUAUUCAGACUACUUUUCUUUUUGUCUUUUUUCAUGGAGCUCGUAACAAUCUUGUACACCAAACCACUUGCUGCCUGUAUUCGAAGUUUGUUUAUAAAAUCAAUACAGUGUCCAAAGUGGAGUGCAAGUAUAAAAGAAUUGUUGCAUUUUGAGGCUGGCAAUAAGUCUGUGUUGAAUUUAAGCACAUACUUUCAGGGUUUUUAUUUAAAGAAUGUAUACGAUUCUGUUCUGUUUUGGAAAAGUAAGAGAAGUCCCUGCUGUGGUUUGGAGCCUUUGUGAACAAUAAAUGUGUGUGAAACUACAGCGUACCCUUUGCACCCUCAUUAA